UCUCUCUCUCUCUCUCUCAUCCAGCGGAAUCCUACGCCAGAACCGCCAUGGAAGACAGCUUCAAGGUUCGGGUGGACCGCCUGUUCGGCUCCCUGUCCUCUUCCUCCGCAACGGCGCCGCAGUCUUCUGCCUCGCCCUUUAGCUCUCUCUGGUGCCUCACCGACGACGAAGUCGAGAGGAAGGAGUGGAACCGGGACAAAGGCAGCCCGGAACCGGAAUUCGACCUCGGGCCGAGAGGCGGCGGGCUCGAGCUGGGGAGAAAACGGCGGGAUUUCCGGGAGGAGCUCGAGAGGGAUCUCGAGGACCUCGACGACGACUUGGCGGAGCAGGAGGAGGAGGAGGAGGAGGAGGAGGAGCCGCGGUCACGCGGUUCGUCGAGCCAAUCUGAUAAGCCGGACGAUUAUAACGACGAGGAGUGGGAGAUUAAGUCCUCUAUCGGGCGGGAUUGCACUUUGGACUUUGAGGAAGAGGAGGAUCGGUAUGAUAAAUUAGCUGUUGGGAGAGAGAAGGCUGGAGACCGCUUGUAUAUGAAGGAUGUAACGAACUAUGGCAUAUGUAUCGAUCAUGAUAAUGAGCUUCCAACUUCAUUCAGCGAUGCUGCUAGGGAUCCACGUGCCGACCACAUGGCUGCAAAAAUUAGAUUAAAGGAAGAUGCAGAAGCAGCUGAAAAGAUAGAUUCUCUGCAUGUCUCUGAGGAAAAUGCACAUUUAGUGGCUAAUUCCCAAGUUCACACAGCUGAAGUUGAUGUCAAUCUGAAAUCUAUUUUGAAGAGGAAGGAUGGUCAAAGUGAUUCAAAGACACAAAAGCGUGUUCGGUUUGAUCCUGAAUCGAUUGAGGAAGCAUCUGCUGAAGCUGAACCUGUGACAAUGGAUCCUUCUAGAACAGAAUCAUCCGUCAGCGAAGAUGCAGAAAUCGCUCCUUCUCAAGAUUUUUCUUCUGCUGUUCCGGAUUAUGUGCGAAACCCUUCCAGAUAUACACAUUAUACAUUUGAUUCCUCGACUGACAUGGACGAAAAAUCUAAUCGGCAAGCCUAUAUGGACUUUAUGAACAUGUUGAGGAAGUCAAAAUCCACGGAAAUAUGUCUGGAUGAUUCUCCUGUUGAUAUUCCUAAAUCAGUCACUUUCAUCCCGAGGAAAAGAGGUAGCAUGGCCACAAUGUUAGACAAUGGUGAGGAGCUGAAGCAAGAUAAUGAAGAUGCAAGUAAAGAGGCAAUACGUAGAAGAGUAACCCCUGUUAUUGCUGCUGUGGAUGCCGAAGAUAGUGAAUUGUGUGCAAUGGAGGAAGAUGAAGUGGAAGAAGCAGUUGACAAAAAGCAGUCUUUGGUCCGAUCAGGUCGGCAGUACCGGACAAAGGCUAGGACAGAGGAUGAUUUAUCUUGAGAUUUAGUUGUUCAUUAUUCCUCUGACAUUUUAGCUUGGCUUUUACUAGUUUCCUUUGGUUUUCUUGAGCUACUUCUGUUGCAUUCUAUAAUAUGUAUGAGUUUCUUGUCCUAUAUGUAACUUUAGCGAUCUUAAGAUGCACACAAUUAUGAACACAAUAUGGCUGAUGUCUUCUUUUUGUUCUUCACACUUUUCCGAAAAGCUAAGUCCGCUUAAAAGAGGCCAACCCACAGAGUGUGUACACCUGGGCACAUAUGUGAUGGAGAGAUAAUUAGAUGUUUGUGUGAUAUGCUGUUGGCUAUGGUUGCUCCACUCGCUCCCAAAAUACUCUCGUCAGGGGGCAUUUGGAUUUUAGUAGGACAGACGCCAAACUGGAUACAAAUUCUGAGAUUGAAUGUUUCUCAGGCUUCAGUGAGGCUCUUUCCUGCAAUGCUUUUGUCAUUCUUUUAUGCCAAAAAACAAAUUGGCAGGGCAGGUAAGGGUGUUCUUGUUUGAUUAUUUUUUGCCUUCAUGUGUCUUUUCAUACCUCGAUUGCAGUUGAGUUCUGAAUGCAAAUUUUUGUCUUGUCAGG